AUGGACGCGACGUCUGCUCCGGACGUGGAGGAAACAAGUCUCCAGUCGACGUCGCGAGAGUCAGCACCCACAUCCCAGGCACCCGAUCUUGCUGGGCGACCCAUCAAAUCCGAGGAGAAUGGCGACCUCGACGCCGACGACACCAUCAAUGCGAUCGGGGCCACCUCCGCCAGCAACAACGACGACGACGACGGCAGCGCGACAGUCAGGCCUGCACCACAACCCAGCGCGAAGAGGAAGGAGUCGGAGGCCCUGCUCUCGACGCCUGAACCCGGCGAUAAGCGCCCUAAUAAGAAACCCAAACGCGGCAAGUCUCCUCCGUGGGACUUUGGUGAGGCUAAGAUCGCUACCUUGAAGACCGCGGACGGACGACGGAUCUCUGCACGCGUCAACACUGCAACGCCGCAAGCGAUCGAGCCGGUCAGUGAGACAGAAGGCAGAGGACGCAGUGACAGCCAGCCGACUUCUGCACGCUCGCGACAGCCGAGUCCGCCGUGGAAGAGAUUCGAAGCAGAGGGGCCGACUACAGUGGUUGUGGACGGGAAGCGCAAGAGUGGUCGCGUCAUCAGAGAGCUGGGCGACGCACCGAAGCGAGUAAGUCCGCGGACUAAGAAGCAGGUCGACAAGCUGGGCACGCCACAGAAUGUCGAGAAGAAGCCGGUUGCGGGCAAAACCAUGGGCGCAAGCAGUAAGAAGGCAGAGCCGGAUGGGAAGAAGCCAGCGAACGGAUACGGACACAAUCUGGACCGGCCGUCAACGUCCACAGCGAGUGCUAAGAAGAUCGCUGAGCUCAAGGCGCAGAUCGCUGCUCUCCAGCCAACACGCAGCUUUCCAGUGAGCGAGACCAAACCUACCGCAGCGCACAAGCGCAAUGCGAGCAAAGAUGCCAUGCAGAUCGACCCGCCAACGUCACCACCCAUCAACCGCAAGAUGCACCGGAUGAACAACGCAGCAACCUCGUCUCCAAAGACUCCUUUGAGGCCGUCGCCCAGAAUCAAGCUGAAGUUCAACCCUGCGAGACACUACAUCCCACCUCCGCAUCCACAAGCGAAGCCACCUACUCCUCCUCGGCCGCCCCAACUGUCCAUCUACCAGGUCAUAGAACAGUAUGAGCUACAAGAGAUGCAACAACCGUACAUGGAGACCGACAAAGGCCCGCCUAAUGCCGAAUACUUUGCACAGAAAGCGGCAAAGCAAGCAGCAGAAGAGGGUCAGAUGCGUAGGCGACUCUUGAUGGAAGCACAACCUGGAGGUAUACUGAGCAGACAACAUUGCAGCAUAUACCAAGAGGAGAGCCAGACCGAACCCGCUCAACAAUACGGUCACUACGAUCAUGUGGUGGCCCAUGCACUCUGGUUGAGGCAACUCCAACUUCGCGAAAAGGCACAGCAUCGAACUCAGGCAAAGAAGAUCGCGUACGAAGCGCUUGAGAAAUGGAAAGAAAGGCAUGGACCCACUGAAGAGGACAUCGUGGCCGAAGAGAACAAGAGAUUUGAUCUAAUCAAAAGACAGGUCAUUGCGGACAUGAAAGCCAAGUGGGAGAUGGUCGAAGCCUACGUGCAGGAUGCGAAGAAACGUGCCUGGGAAGUAGAACAGGAGCGGAUCCGAGCCGAGAAACUGCAGAAGAAACUGGAGUACAGCGAAAACCUUUUGGCCAAACAACGAGGAGAGCAGGACAGUGACAUCGACAUGGACGAAGAUAGUACUGGAGAUGUCGGUGAGUCGGACGCUGAAGAGCAGGAAGAUGAAGGAGAAGAGAACAUGAGCGACUCCGAAAGCGAAGCAGAGCAGGACGACGCUGAGGAAGGCGGCGAAAUGGACGAAGAUGCUUUGGCGGCGUAUUUGGCACAACGAGAAGCCGAGCCCCCCGACAAGACGAGCGAUGAUGGCGGUGACGGAGAAGAUGGAGAAGCAGACGAGGACGAAGAAAUGGGGGAUGUCGGACUAAGCGCAAUGCUGGGCGACGGUACCGCGAACCACGAGAUUGACGAAGACGCCGAGAAGGAUGAUGCCCUUGAUGAGAGUGCCACCCGAGCGCGUGCGAAUAGGCGAAGUCAAGCAGCGGGCUCCGCGUCGCCCUCGCGCGAGGAAGCAGCUGUUGAGGAGCACCUUUCCUCAGACGAAUCGACCGAUAUGGACUCUGAUGAUUACGAUUCCGAUGAAGCCAUGAGUAGCACUGAUGAUGAAGCCGGCCACGGCGAUGACGAUAACAACGAUGCAGGGAGUGAAGACGGCAGCGGAGGUGCAUCCAUGCUGAAAACAUCACUGCUUGGUUUCUACAGCGCAAAAGAGCUCCGCGACCAAGCUGGAGGUCUUCCCACACCCAUGACAAGUGUUGAGGGUGGCGGUGAAGACACCGAGAAUGCGAGAUCUGGCUCAGAAGCGAUUUCGAUCGAGAAGGCUGAUGUCGACAUGAGCAUCGACAAGAUUGAGACCGCCGAGCACUCUGCGGAAGGCAGUAUCAUGGAUCCCGAGCCGGAGCUGAUUAACUCAGAGCCACAGACUGUGUCAAACGACGUGGACGUCAAGGAAGAUCAUGACGACGAUGUUGAGGACAUGGAGACGGUGGAGGACCAGACAACGAAGAAUCUUGUUCCGAUCCCAAGUCUUCUACGCGGCACACUUCGCACCUACCAACAUGCUGGUCUAGACUGGCUUGCUUCUCUUUAUCGAAACGGCACCAAUGGCAUUCUCGCGGACGAAAUGGGUCUGGGCAAAACGAUUCAGACCAUCUCUGUUCUAGCUCAUCUGGCGGAAGUACACGAAGUCUGGGAGGCGCAUUUGGUCAUCGUCCCGACGUCUGUCAUUCUCAACUGGGUCACAGAAUUCCAGAAGUUCCUGCCUGGCUUUCGCGUUCUUGGUUACUACGGCACUGCAGAAGAGCGUCAGCAGAAGCGUAAAGGUUGGACAAACGAUCCGCAUCAUGAGAACAAGGAGAAGAGAGGCUACAAUGUGGUCAUCACCAGCUACAACGUCGCCAUGCAGGACAUCAACGCGAUUCGCAACGUGCAAUGGCAUUAUCUCAUCCUUGAUGAAGCCCACAACAUCAGGAACUUCAACAGCCAGCGCUGGCAGGUUCUGAUUCGACUGCGAACUCGGGCGCGUCUGCUGCUCACUGGAACGCCUCUGCAAAAUGAUCUGGCCGAAGUGUGGUCUUUGCUGACGUUCUUGACAGCUGGUGACGAUGAUCGCUCACACGGCGAGCUCGAAGAAUUUCUUGGCCACUGGAAAGAUCCCGUCAAAGAGAUCUUCGACCAAGGUGUUCAGAAGAUCUCGGAGAAUGCUCAGCGUGUUGUAGAUCAGCUCCACAUCUCGCUGCGGCCAUUCCUGCUUCGUCGCAAAAAGAGUGAGGUCGAGAAAGACCUUCCCAAGAAGACUGAAAGUGUCGUGGUGUGUAAACUCAGCAAGCGACAGCGCCAGCUGUAUCAGGACUACAUGGGUCUUGCAGAAACAAAGGCGACCCUUGCCAAAGGAAGUGGAGUCCAAGCAGGUGCGGUGCUGCUGAGCUUGCGGAGGGUGUGCAAUCAUCCAGACUUGUUCGAUCCACGUCCGAUCCAGACUAGCUUCGCCAUGGAGUUCAGCCCUCUCGAAACUUACAAUCCCAGAGAAAGACUGGUCAGACAACUCCUGGGCACGAAGGAGGACUUCUCCAAUGGCUUGCUUCUUAUCGGCCGCGAAAGUCAAAAGCGUGCGGCUGUGCAGCGCAGCAAGCGUCUUUCAGCGUCCAGCCUCCUACAGCGCCAAAUUGACGACAUCCUAGCCAACUCGAUGGAUGAGUCUCCUGACCCUGCCACUUUGGCAGGUGCAAGGGCACUGCAACGGCUUCGGCAGCGUGAUCAGACAUUGCAGCAAAUCCGGGCCUGCAUCCGAGCGACUGACUCCGCCAUCAGUGCUGCACCGGUCUACGGUGCCGACCUUCGCGAGCUUGUGACAGUUCAACGGGAAGGUUCCUACCUGUUCAGCCCACGCACACUGCCGCCGCCACACUACCGGUACUUGCAAGGACGGAUGAAGGUGGGCCACCGGCCUCUGAGAUUCGAGCAUCCAGUCGACUGGCAUCUCGCCGCAAGUACACGGCUGCAGCAAGAUGUCGCCACGCAUAUUAGCUAUGCUGAGCGAUUACAGGAUACGAUUGUGAGGUUCGCAUUUGUUCCCCCUGCUGUCACCGUUCCAAUCCUCGACUUUGCUAUCCCUGCUGUUGUGCAAGAUGUUCUCAGGGUCUCACCAGCGUACCCAACGGAUGGCGAUUGGGGUCACGAAGCUCGAAUCAGGACAUCGAUCGCGUUUCCUGACAGACGACUUCUGGUGUACGACUCUGGCAAGCUCCAGCGUCUUGUAUAUCUCCUUCGCGAGCUGCAGGCCAAGGGUUCUCGAAGCUUGAUCUUCACCCAGAUGACGGGCACUCUGAAUGUGCUCGAGCAGUUCCUUAACUUACUGAACUUGCCAUACCUGCGUCUUGAUGGAAGCACGCCAGUCGAACGUCGCCAGCUUUACUCUGCUGAGUUCAAUCGGCCGGACUCGAAGUACCAAUGCAUGAUCCUGUCUUCUCGAGCUGGAGGCGUUGGUCUGAACUUGACUGGCGCGUCAUCCGUCAUCUUCUAUGACCUUGAUUGGAACCCGCAGAUGGAUCGGCAAUGUAUGGAUCGUGCACAUCGUAUCGGCCAAGUUAGAGAUGUCGAAGUAUACAAGAUGGUCAGCGAAAAGACCGUCGAGGAGAAUAUUCUUCGUCGAGCGAAUCAGAAGAGCUUGCUUGACCAGACGAUCAUUCAAGAAGGACACUUCACGACUGAGUACACCCGCAAGCGCGACGAUGAUGAGGAAGGCGAUGAUGAAGUCGGGGCUGCGAUUGACAAAUUUCUUGGAGGCGAGGAAAGGACCAACACCAAAGCGCUUGAGUCGGUCGAGGACAGAGAAGAUGUGCAAGCGGCGCAGCAAGCAGCCAAGGAAGAUCGCCAGGACGAUGUCGACUUUGCGGAACGCUCUUCGAAAGGACCAUCCAAGGCCAACACUCCUGGUCCUGGCCUCACAGAGGAGGACAAUCUUGACGACGAAGAACUACAAGGGCACGUUGACAAGUACAUGAUCAAGUAUAUGGAGAAUAUGCUCAAGGACUGGGUGUAUGUGCCCCCGCCAGUCCGAAAGCUGGACAAACAUGGGCGCGAUCCUUCACAUCGCCCGAAGAGGAAGCGAUAG